AUGUCCGAGACGAGCUCUGACAGGCCAGCUAGUAAACGGAAUAGAGAAAAGGCUCCCGUUAUUGCUCAGGUGGUGGAAAGCAUCAAUGUCAAUGUGAAUCGCACGGAUGCACCGCUCUCACCGCCUGCGACCGUGCAAGAUAAGCGCUCGGAUGAGACCAGCCAUGCCCAACACUACAUUUCACCGGCUCAAGAUCCAUUCAUGCCUGAUGACCUCAAUACCAACGUCCAAGCUGUCGAUCCCCAGCUUGAAGCUCAGCAUAGCUCAUCUAUCGAAUAUGAAAACCAUCAACAUGGCCCCACUGACAUGCUUUUUGAUGCAGACGACAUAUUGGCAAACUUUAACUCUGCGGAUAUAAUGCCGGCACCACUGCCCUCAGUAUUAUUUGGUGAUGGCUUCAAUACUAAUGGAUGGCUUAACUACGGCGCCGAUCAAUCAUUUGCGCCCCUCUUUCUCCAAAACGAUUCAUCCCUCGACGUCAUAAACGAACUCUGGUUCGACCAUGCAGGCUUCAAAGCCCUCCAGCAACCCAUCGUCUCGCAACUUACACCAGCUUCAUCCCUGGUCGAUCAAUCAGCCGUAGCAGAGCUAUAUAGUCGCAGUCACUCCCCGGCUAUCGAUAGGGAUGCGGUUGAGCCCAGAGAAUAUGUCGCUGUGUCAAUUGAGCUGGACGCGCAACUCAAUUUUCCAGACCUGUCGCAUUUAACGGCUGAGGACGUAGAUCAUGAGAACUUGGCACAUGUGGAUGAUAUCUCCGAGGAAGUGGCCAGGAAUGUAGCCGAAGCAGCAGUAGAGAUCCAGAAAGGUUGCAAUUUCCCGCAUUUUAGGAACUUGGCUAUUCCGCCAACUCCAGUGCUGAAUGCUUGGGUUCAGCUGUACUUUGAGUACUUUCACCCUGUUAUGCCUAUUCUACACAAGUCGACCCUCUCCUCAUCUAAACGACAUUGGUUACUUAUCUUUACGGUAGCAGCCAUCGGGGCUCACUUUUCCAGCAUCAAAGAUGCGCAAGCGUGCUCAAGGGCAAUGCAUGAGACUAUUCGACGACAAUGCUCGACUAUGUGUGAGCGUCAAAACUCGAACGGAAGAGAGCUUUGGAUGUCACAAACUAUCUUACUGAACCACAUCGGCCUGCUGUAUGGCGGUGAAAGGAGAUCUCUGGAGAUCGGCGAAUUCCUGCAAGCUUUACCCGUGACUCUUGGACGACGAAAACGCCUCUUUACAAACAUGUUCCCCGUUGACAAGUUUGCUCAGCUUCAGUUGCCGCACGCUCAGAAAUGGCAAAUCUGGUUGCUGGAUGAGGAGCGGCGACGAGCCGGCUUUGCCAUCUGGCUCUUGGACUCUGCAUUCAGCUCGCACUUUGACCUUACGAGCCUUAUGAGAUUGUCAGAGCUGCAGAUAUCCCUUCCUCAGCCAGAUGACCGUUGGGGCGCAUCGACUGCCCAGUGCUGGGCCAACUUUCCUGUAGUUGAAAACUCUGGGUCUGGUGGACUUCCCACGAUGGAGCGCGUCAUAUCGGAAGACAGUUGGCGACAAGUAUGGUCCAAAACCAACACUUUGGGCAAACAGGCUAUGCUGCAGCAUCUCACCAACGUUAUAAAGGACAGGAGCGCUGACCAGCCUGGGACCCCGGGCUUUUCGUAUCACGACAAACUCCUCGCGUCGAAUGUGCUGACUGACCUUCUGAAUCUGAUCGAGGCCGACCAGAUGGAGCAAUCGAUUGAUGAAGCUAAGGCCUCGACAACACACAAGAUCAUGGCGCUGACUGCUUUGAUGACGCACCAUACGCCAGUGCAGAGCCUCCUUCCGACGAUUAUUCGAUGUAUAUAUGGCAAGCUCGACGGCAAAGACUGGGAAGCGAUUAGCGAUCGCUGGAGAGGAGCUUCCGGGCAAGGAAGGCUCGGAUGCUUCUACGCCGCACGUAUCCUCCAAGUAGUGCGAUCAAGCCGGUCAUCGCACUUCGGUACACCGGUGUCGCUUCUUCACGCCUUGUUGGUUCUCUGGCUUUACUCAGCACUUACUGAACGGCACCGUGACGGGUUUUUGUUCUCGCGUGCGGCUCCAGCUGUGGUGCUUGGCCCGAAACCCCUGGACCAAAUGGAGACUAACUCGUGGAUCGAGAUGGGGUGGAGCCGAGUCAAGUUGCCGGGCAUCGGCAAUCUGCUUUGCGCAGAGGGCAGAACUAAGUUGUUGGACGAUGCGGUGGUACUUAUGAGGUCACUGAAGGGCUGGGGAAUUUGUAAUGCGUAUGCUCAGAUCUUGGUGCGGCUGCGAGCUAGCGAGACCUCCAAUACGAUCCAUGGCUGA